AUGGCUUGGUCUCCAGAUGAAACUUUUUCAGGCAAUUCAUGCCUCUUCGAUGAGCGAUCCUGGGAAACUGGGUAUCUCGAUGAUCUCAAUGGUCUCAAUGAACACCCUUUUUCGUACUCGCAAUACUCCUUUCAUGCUGCGAAUCCAAGCAUGCUUCAUUCCACCCAAGGCCAUGCAGCAGGUCCUGGCAAUGUCACUUGCACCUCGCAAUACUCCGUCGCACAGGGUGGCGCCGUGACUAGCCAGCUCAUGGGCUAUGGCACCCCUAUGCUUGGUCAACCCACGUCUAUCUCUCCUCAGCUUGCUCAUGCCAUGCAAAGCCCACCACAAUGCAUUCCUAAUCGUGCUGCCCGGGUCAGAAACCAGAGAUCUCGAGCCUGUCCUAUGCCUCACAAGGCCGAGUAA